AUGGCCACACUCAAUCGGAAGGCGCCACUGGCCCAGGCCGACGAACGGAAACAGCCCUCGGCAUCGCCCAGCCACCAAUCAGGAGGCCCCCGUCCCGCCUACGGCAAGCUGCAAACCCUGGCACCGCCACUGCUCCGAUUGGCCACUCAAAUUCUCGUCAUUGAAUUUUUCGAACGUCAAUACAGUCGCCAGAAUCCUGCUGGCAUGGAGUCCGAAGCAGCUCAAGUAGACCACCCGGAAGCCCACAAUGAAGCCACGACCAUUGAUCCGAGCGCCAAACAGAACGCCUCCAAUGAGGAUAUAGGCCCAGAUGCAUCCGAGGAACGACCUGCAAAAAGAGCGAAGUUAGAUGAGGCGGCAGCUCCUAGCGAUCAGGCUGCUACUACUAAUGGCGCGCCUCCGAGGAUCAAGGGCAUAGCUCCUAUCAAAGCAGAGUACCUCGUCUAUCCUCCAGGGAGUCAAGCGCCAGCAGCUCAGACGACUCAAGAUGAUGAUACGGCUGAGGCGGCCUCGCAUCAGGAACGAGAACAGGAGAAGAAGGGCAAGAAAAGAGAGAAGAGCGGUGGCCAGAAUACCGGGCGUAAAUUUGGCAGGGCGCAGGAUGAAAAAACGUUAUGCCCGACGAGAAUGUUUCGUCCGGAGUUUUCUCCGGAGGAGUGUUCCUUUGGCGACACCUGCAAAUACGAACAUGAUCUUCGAAAGUAUCUGAAGGAAUACAAACGUGAGGACCUGAAGACGUUCAAUGGUGUAUGUCCCGUUUGGGAAGCUCGUGGAACAUGCCCGUCCGGCUGGAAGUGUCGUUUUGUUUCCUCUCAUACGGCGGAGAGGGAGACGCCUGAUGGGAGGCGUGAGCUGAUCUUGGUCGAAGAUGAAGAGCGCAAAGAGAAGUCCAAACCUUCUGUGCAGGGUGCGAAUGCAGAGGGGAUUGUCAACGUGGUUCCUGCACCAGACAGGUUUGCUCUCACGAAAAAGAAGACCGAAACCCCGCGAGCGGAUGCGUACACGGCUUGGUUGGAUAAGACGUCCAAGGAACUGGAAAAGAACAUCCACGGGCGUCAUAGAGACGAUGAACAAGAAAACGAUACGUCUGCAGGUAAUGAACAGGACUUGGAUGCCAAGGAACAGCUAGAGGAAAAGCGGGCUCAGUAUACGGAGCCACCCUUCCUACCCUCAGAAAAGAGGAGGCUCUACUUCGGUCCGGAAACCCCAGUUCUUGCGCCGCUGACCACACAAGGGAAUCUCCCUUUCCGGAGACUGUGCACAGAACUUGGUGCCCAAUUUACGUAUUCGGAGAUGGCCAUGAGCAUGCCCUUGAUCCAAGGAUCGAAGUCGGAGUGGGCGCUUAUGAAAGCUCAUGAAUCGGAAAUGAAACCCCCGACAGUCUCUUCCAAAGCGAACAUAGUGAAAGGCUAUGACAAUUCGAGAGAUUUCAGAUUCGGCGCCCAAAUUGCAGCAAAUAAGCCGUGGCAGGCGUUGAAGGCCACGGAAGUACUGACAGCUCUCUGCCCACAUCUUCGUGUCAUCGAUCUCAAUUGCGGCUGUCCCAUUGAUUUGGUUUACCGCGAAGGAGCUGGAUCUGCUCUUCUCGACCACCCGUCGAAGCUAGAGAAGAUUGUGCGCGGUAUGAAUGCCGUCUCAGGUGAAAUACCUAUCACUGUCAAGAUUCGAAUGGGGACCAAGGAUAAUAGUCCGAACGCGCUCAAGAUUGUGGAGCGACUGACGCUGGGAGGCUACGAGGCAAGCAUGCUUGGUGUCGGGCCUCCUGGCGUCGCUGCGAUUACUCUCCACGGUCGGAGUAGACAACAGCGGUACUCAAGGCAAGCAGACUGGGGGUACAUCUCUGAAUGUGCGGCUUUGGUCAAGAGGCUCCGCGAACAGGAAGAUGAAGUUGCGGACACCAUAAGGGAGCCUGAUGAAAGAACCCAGCCGGCCGGGGGACGAGUCUACUUCAUCGGGAACGGCGACUGUUACUCCCACGAGGACUACUACGACCAUAUCCAGAACGCCAACGUCGAUUCCGUCAUGAUCGCGCGCGGAGCGCUCAUCAAACCCUGGAUCUUCGAAGAGAUCCAGGCUGGCCAAUACCUUGAUAAAUCAGCUUCCGAGAGAUUGGCUCUCGUCGAGAAGUUUGCCCGGUACGGCCUCGAGACCUGGGGUUCGGACGAGCAAGGUGUUGGGACGACCAGGCGGUUCCUACUCGAGUGGUUGAGCUUCACCUACCGUUACGUUCCCGUGGGAAUCUUAGAGUAUCUUCCUCCGAACAUCCAAGAUCGACCGCCUGCUUGGAGAGGCAGAAAUGAACUCGAGACUUUGCUUGCUAGUGACAACUACAAAGAUUGGAUCAAGAUCACAGAAAUGUUCCUUGGUCCGGUUCACAAGGACUUCAAGUUCGAACCUAAACACAAGAGCAAUGCGUAUGAGGUGGAGGCUCAAGGGUGA